CAGUUGGCAAGAAGACGGUCAGCAAAGCUGCUGCUAAGAGGAGCAUAAAGAGGGCUUGGUCCAAGCAAGAGGGCAGUGGUCUAGUCCAUCGGCAACAUGCUGCACUUCCUGGUGUUCGCAACCCUGGUCCUUUAUGGACACAGCACCCAGGACUUUCCGGAAACCAACGCCCGCGUAGUGGGAGGGACUGAGGCUGGGAGGAAUUCAUGGCCCUCUCAGAUUUCCCUCCAGUACCUAUCUGGAGGUUCCUGGUAUCACACCUGCGGAGGGACCCUCAUCAGACAGAACUGGGUGAUGACAGCUGCUCACUGCGUGGAUUCCCCGAUGACUUUCCGCGUGGUGGUUGGAGACCAUAACCUGAGCCAGAACGAUGGCACCGAGCAGUACGUGAGUGUACAGAAGAUUGUGGUGCAUCCAUCCUGGGACAGCAAUAACGUGGCUGCUGGCUAUGACAUCGCCCUGCUGCGCCUGGCCCAGAGCGUUACCCUCAAUAGCAAUGUCCAACUGGGUGUUCUGCCCCAGGAGGGAGCCAUCCUGGCUAACAACAGUCCCUGCUACAUCACAGGCUGGGGCAGGACCAAGACCAAUGGGCAGCUGGCCCAGACCCUGCAGCAGGCUUACCUGCCCUCUGUGGACUACGCCAUCUGCUCCAGCUCCUCCUACUGGGGCUCCACUGUGAAGAACACCAUGGUGUGUGCUGGUGGAGAUGGAGUUCACUCCGGAUGCCAGGGUGAUUCUGGGGGUCCCCUCCAUUGCUUGGUGAAUGGCAAGUAUUCUGUCCACGGAGUGACCAGCUUUGUGUCCAGUCAGGGUUGUAAUGUUUCCAAGAAGCCUACAGUCUUCACCCGGGUCUCUGCUUACAUUUCCUGGAUAAAUAAAACCAUUGCCUCCAAUUGAACAUUUUCCUGCAUCCAAUGACCUUCCCAAAAUGGUUCUUAGAUCUGCAACAGGACUUGCGAUCAUCAAGUAAAAAACAUUCUAAAAGACUAUUGAGCCAUUGAUAGAAAAGCAAAUAAAACUGGAUAUACAUUAUCA